CAGCGGACCAAUGGGAAGGUGCGUUGGUGAGCGCUGGGGCGCGUGAGCGAGGCGCGGUGUGCGCGUGUGUGGAUCGGGUCUGUCCGGCGCUCGCUCUCUGCACGGCUCCGCCGCCAUGAGCUCCAUCGGCACCGGGUAUGACCUGUCAGCUUCCACUUUCUCUCCAGAUGGCAGAGUAUUUCAAGUUGAAUAUGCUAUGAAAGCUGUGGAGAAUAGUAGUACAGCAAUUGGCAUAAGAUGUAAAGAUGGUGUUGUCUUUGGAGUAGAGAAACUAGUCUUGUCCAAGCUUUAUGAAGAAGGUUCCAAUAAACGUCUCUUCAAUGUUGAUCGACAUGUUGGAAUGGCAGUAGCAGGACUCCUGGCAGAUGCUCGUUCUUUGGCAGACAUAGCUAGAGAAGAAGCUUCUAACUUUAGAUCCAACUAUGGCUAUAAUAUUCCAUUGAAGCAUCUUGCUGACAGAGUGGCCAUGUAUGUACAUGCCUACACACUAUACAGUGCUGUCAGACCUUUUGGCUGCAGUUUCAUGUUAGGGUCUUAUGAUGAGGAUGAUGGCGCUCAGCUUUACAUGAUUGACCCAUCAGGUGUUUCAUAUGGUUAUUGGGGGUGUGCCAUUGGUAAAGCCAGACAGGCUGCAAAGACAGAGAUUGAAAAACUUCAGAUGAAAGAAAUGACUUGCCGUGAUGUUGUUAAAGAAGUUGCAAAAAUAAUCUACAUAGUUCAUGAUGAAGUGAAGGAUAAAUCUUUUGAACUUGAACUCAGCUGGGUUGGAGAAAUAACAAAAGGAAAACAUGAAAUUGUUCCAAAAGACAUCAGAGAAGAAGCAGAGAAAUAUGCUAAGGAGUCUUUGAAAGAGGAGGAUGAAUCAGAUGACGACAAUAUGUAACACAUUGUUACUUCAAGACAAGUUUCAAUUUUCUUAAUUUGUAGUAGCGGUUAAUGUGUUAACCAUGGAUUAUUAUUUACUUGCUGGAAAGAUGUUAACUUGCACUAAAAUAAAUUUCCCAUUUACUAUCA